AUGGACGAUUCAGCGACCUAUGGCUCGCCCAGCAACGGUGCAUCGCCCAACAGCAACCCCAUCCUCGCCCAGCCUCCUCUUCAGGGCGACUCAAAUGCAGGCGAUAGCGAAGACGUUCAGAUGUCCGAGGGAUUGGGUGUCGAUGCCAACAUUAAGCAAGACAGCACAACUCCUGCGCCUGCUCGCGGCGAUGAAGAAAUGAAUGAUGCGCCGGCCGAUGAAACCAAGCCCAAGGAGGACGGAGCUGUUGGUGCCGAUGGCCAAGAAACCAAGUCAAAGGAGGUCGUCGAAUCCGUCGCUCGCGAACAUUUGAUGACACAAACUCAUGCCAUCGUCCUACCGAGCUACAGCACCUGGUUCGAUAUGAACGUUAUCCACGAAAUCGAGCGCAAGGCCAUGGCCGAAUUCUUCAACAACCGAAACCGAAGCAAAACACCUGCCGUCUACAAGGACUAUCGUGAUUUCAUGAUCAACACAUAUCGUCUUAACCCCGUCGAGUAUCUGACUGUCACGGCUUGCCGAAGGAAUUUGGCUGGUGAUGUUUGCGCUAUCAUGCGCGUUCACGCCUUUUUGGAGCAGUGGGGAUUGAUUAACUACCAGGUCGACGCCGACCAGCGCCCAUCACACGUUGGACCUCCUUUCACUGGCCACUUCAAGAUCAUUUGCGACACUCCUCGAGGUCUGCAGGCGUGGCAGCCUUCAGCCGAUCCUGUGGUUCUGGAGGGUAAGAAGAGCCAGGACACUGAUCAAAAGGCUGUUGCGGCUACCCCAGCCAAGGGAGAACAAAAUCUUGAAAUUGGACGAAACAUCUACGAGGCUAAUGCCAAGAGCUCUCUCAUCAGCAAAACAGAGGGCAAGACGAACGGAGAAACGCCGACCACCAACGGCGUACCCGGUGCUGAGGAUGCCACCAAGACACCCAUUUCCAAGGUGCAUUGCCACCAGUGCGGCAACGACUGCACCCGGAUAUACUACCACAGCAACCAUACAGAUGCCAACCCUAAGGCCAAGUACGAUCUUUGCCCUAACUGCUUCACUGAGGGCCGUCUACCCGCCAACCAUAACAGUAGCAUGUAUGUGAAGAUGGAGAACCCUACUUACACAUCAACCCUUGAUCGCGACGCCCCAUGGACCGACGCCGAGCUUCUGCGACUCCUUGAGGGUCUUGAGCGAUUCGAUGAUGAUUGGGGUGAGAUCGCCGAGCAUGUCGGUACCCGUACACGAGAAGAAUGUGUGCUUCAAUUCUUGCAGUUGGAUAUCGAGGAGAAGUACCUGGAUUCAGAAGGCCCUAUCAGUGCACCCACCGGUUUGUCUAUGCUCGGCCCACAGCAAGGACAACUUCCAUUCAGCCAAGUCGACAACCCAGUCAUGUCUGUUGUUGGGUUCCUUGCUAGUCUGGCCGAUCCAGCCAGCACAGCCGCUGCUGCCAGUAAAUCCGCCGAUGAGCUCAAGCGCAGGCUCCGUAAGCAGUUGGAAGGCGACAAGACCGAUGACGAUUCCCAGACCAAUGGCGAUGGCAAGUCCAAGCAGGACACUAUGGACAUCGACCUUCGACAAGAAACCACUACUACGACUACUACAACGACAACCACCACAACCAAGACGAACGCACUUGCUUCUAUUCCCCUAGCUUCGAUAGGUGGCCGUGCCGCAGGAUUCGCAUCACAUGAGGAACGAGAGAUGACACGCUUGGUCUCUGCGGCCUCAAACGUGACGCUGCAGAAGCUCGAGCUGAAGCUUAAGUACUUCGAUGAGAUGGAGGAGGUCCUCCGUGCGGAGCGACGAGAGCUUGAACGAGCGAGACAGCAACUGUUCUUGGAUCGACUGACGUUCCGACGAAGAGUUCGGGAAGUCCAGGAGGGUCUCAAGGCCGCUGCUGCUGUUGGUGGUGACCAGGGUGUACGAAUGGCGCAGGAGGCUAUGAACGACGGCGACAGAUUAAGCUUCCAGGCUGUUCCCGGUGCUUCAGCAGUCCCCCCUCCCAGCAGUGAUGGCCAGAUCAAGAGCUUCGAAGCAUAG